UUUCGUGAAAAAAGAAAAAGAAAAGCUAUGCAUAUAAUAGACAUGAUAAGUAAUAAACCCUACAGUCUGCAGGUGAAAGGACUUGGUUAAGCAUAAUAACAAAUUUGGUGCCAUCCCAGUUUCUAGAAUGCUGCAAGUAACUUCGAACGCAAAGUCUAGCACGGCAGUUUCGCUUUCUGCAGGCAUCACAAAAUGAAAGAUGGAAUUUUUUUUAAAUUCAAUGCAACACCAUUUUUAAAGUAGAGCUCAUCAAUCGCAAUUAUUUGUCACCUCUUCUUCUUCCUCCGCCAUUGACUCAAAGUCUUCAUCUUCCUCUCAUCAUUUCCUUGCAACUGUGCACUUUUAAGUUACCGAGCCAGACUCGCCAUGUGCUGCAUUACCUUCCAGGUCGAUCCGCUCAAAUUUAUCACCGACGCAUGGAUGCUACUGUCAAAACCAAUCGGGUAUCUCCGAGAUCCCGAACCCAGAAUGUCUCGGCUGACCGACGCCAUGAACAAGCUCCGAAGCCAGAGUGAGGACCUCAAAAACAGAAUCAGCUACGCCGAGCUCGCCGGCCAAACGUCGACCCACCAAGUCAAAGAUUGGUUCACCAAGGUCUCCGCCGCCGACGACAAGGUCUUCAAAAUACAAACCGACCGUAAAAAACACUCCUUUCGUUGGUCCAUCAACCGCAGAGCGGUGCGCUGCCUCGCUGACAUCAAUGCGUUGGGCAAAGAUAUCCCCAACGUCGUUUCCACCAAGUUGCAGCCGAACGGAGUGCAGGAAGUGCCCGCCGAGCCACCGUUAGCCACGCUUACCAUGGACUCCUACCUCUCUCAACUCCAAGUUUGUCUUGAAGACGACGGAUCUCGAAUCAUCGGCAUCUGGGGCAUGGGAGGCGUGGGAAAAACGACUCUUUUACGUAGCCUCAACAACCAAUUGCACUCUUCAUCAGAAGGGGGGCAAGGACCGCCGAUGUUCAGCCACGUCAUCUGGGCCGUGGCAUCCAAAGAUUACAAGCUUAAAUUACUGCAACGCGACAUCGCAAAGAGGCUUGGUCUCCCUUUGCGCAAAGACAGUGUCCGGCAGGCGAUGGAGAUCAUGGACUAUUUGAAAAACAAGAGCUUUCUUUUGCUACUUGAUGACCUCUGGCAACCGGUAGACUUCGCAGAAGUAGGCAUCCCACAGGUUUUCCGCACUGGCGCUACGAAGCAGAAAGUGAUUUUCACCACUCGGCUCGAAGGUGUUUGCGGACAGAUGCAGGCACGGCGCAAGAUAAAAGUUGAGUGUCUCAACGAGGCAGACGCAUGGCGACUUUUUCUGGAGAAAGUCGGGGAUGAGACUCUCCAAUCGCAUCCGAGGAUUCCACAGCUUGCGCGGCGAGUGGCUAAAGAGUGUGACGGACUUCCGCUCGCUCUUGUGGUGAUCGGCUCCGCGAUGAGCACGAAGAAAACACCAAAAGAGUGGCAGAACGCAAUUACCCUGCUACAAAAGUCGCGCCUUUAUGAAAUCCAUGGAAUGGAUGACAAAAUCCUUCCCAAGCUGAAAUUCAGCUACGACAACCUUGCUGAUGAAAUUUUCCGCAAGUGCUUCCUGCUCUGUUCCUUGUGGCCCGAAGAUUACUCGAUUUCAAAAACCGAUCUCAUCGAAUGCUGGAUGGGUCAUGGGUUGGUCGACGAACGCAAGUUCGACAACAUCAACGAAGCAUACGACAGUGGCCACGCGCUGAUCGGCGGGUUGCAAGCUGCUUGCCUCCUAGAACCAGGGGAUAACAAAGACAGAGAGGUGAAGAUGCACGACGUGGUUAGAGAUCUCGCUCUGUGGAUUUCUUCAGACUGUGGAGAGAAGCCCAACAGAUUCAUUGUUCUUUCCGGCGUUAUUGCUUCUGAGGAUUCUCAAAGAGAGGUGGAGAGAAUAUCGCUUGUUCGCAGCGAUCUCAGCGACACGUCUGGCCUUCCGGCCAAUUGUUCGAAGAUAGAAACUUUGAUGUUGCAGGGAAGCUUCUCCUUUAAAUCAAUUGUGUUUGGAUUCUUUGAAGGGACACGUGCUUUGACUUACCUUGACAUCUCCUACACCGCUAUCUACGACCUGCCGCAGGAAAUUGGCCUGCUUGGUAAUCUUCGAUACCUCAAUCUCUCCCACACAAACAUUCCUUCACUUCCAUGGCAGAUUGGUCAUCUCCGCGAGCUCAGAUUCCUGCUCUUAAGGGAGCUGGAAAGUAUCGUCAUACCUUGUGGCGUGUUGGAGAAGCUGGUGAUGUUAUCCCUGAUCGACAUGACUGAUACAUUGUGCAAUAACUGGCAAGAGCUUUCAAGGCUGCGUGGGUGUUUGAAAGGGGUGGGGAUCGUUUUAGAGAGCAUUGAGGAUCUACACCAGCUUGCCCAGCUCCCAAAUUUACUUACUUGGCGUUUGGUGAUAAGGAAACUGGUCGGAUUCAACGAUCCAUUGCAGCUUCUUUCGCCUCUGCAGCUUGGGAGCCGCAGCAUUCGUUCGAGCAUCCAAAUGCUAAAAAUAGAGUUUUGUGAGCGCUUAGAGGUGGUGUCGAUGGAAAGUGAUGGAGAUGGCGGCAUUCAAAAGUGGUGCCUUUCGAGGCUGGAGGAAGUGGAGCUGAGGAGCUUACCGGAGCUGAAGGAGAUUAUUUGGAGAGGAGCAUGUCCU